AUGAACAAACCUGUGCAUCAGGAGACCUUUGGCAAGAGUGGUUGUCGUCGUAUAGUUCCCGGACAGUUCUUGGCUACUGAUCCCAAAGGACGGGCUGUUAUGAUAAGUGCUGUUGAGAAGCAAAAAUUGGUUUACAUUCUGAAUCGCGAUGCAAGCGCUCGGCUAACCAUAUCUUCACCAUUAGAGGCCCACAAAUCCAACACUUUUGUGUUUCAUACGGUUGGCAUUGAUGUGGGCUUUGAGAACCCGAUGUUUGCCUGUCUUGAGAUGGAUUACGAAGAGGCGGACACCGACCCAACCGGAGAAGCGGCACAACUGACGCAACAAACACUGACUUUCUAUGAAUUAGAUUUGGGUCUCAAUCAUGUGGUCCGCAAAUACAGUGAACCUCUUGAAGAACACGCAAACUUCUUAAUCACUGUUCCCGGCGGUACUGAAGGCCCUUCUGGUGUUCUCAUCUGUUCCGAGAAUUAUGUCACUUACAAGAACUUUGGAGACCAACCGGACAUUCGAUGUCCGAUACCUCGACGACGCAACGAUUUGGACGAUCCCGAGAGAGGGAUGAUAUUCGUGUGUUCGGCCACUCAUAAGACCAAAUCGAUGUUCUUUUUCCUCGUGCAGACAGAACAGGGAGACGUCUUUAAGCUGACCCUUGAGAUCGAGGACGACAUGGUCACUGAGAUUAAGCUCAAGUACUUCGAUACGGUUCCCGUCGCCGCCAACCUCUGCGUCCUUAAGACCGGAUUUCUAUUCGUUGGCUCAGAGUUUGGGAAUCACUAUCUCUACCAAAUCGCACACUUAGGCGAUGACGACGACGAGCCUGAGUUCAGCAGUUCUAUGCCUUUAGGAGAGGGCGAGACCUUCUGGUUCUCUCCGCGUCCGCUCAAGAACUUGGUUUUAGUGGACGAAUUGGAGUCUCUGUCGCCUAUAAUGCACUGUCAGAUUGCAGACGUGGCUAAUGAAGACACCCCUCAAGUGUUAGUCGCCUGUGGAAGGGGUCCGCGAUCUACACUAAGAGUUUUGAGGCACGGCUUAGAGGUGUCUGAGAUGGCUGUGUCUGAACUACCGGGAAGUCCUAACGCUGUUUGGACUGUCAAGAGAAGGGCUGACGAAGAGUUCGACUCUUAUAUUGUCGUCUCGUUUAUUAACGCAACACUUGUCUUAUCUAUUGGAGAGACCGUUGAGGAGAUAACAGACUCCGGUUUUUUGGGAACCACUCCAACGCUGUCGUGCGCGCAGAUCGGGGACGACGCUCUCGUCCAGAUAUAUCCGGACGGUAUUCGUCAUAUCAGAGCUGAUAAACGAGUGAAUGAAUGGCGAACUCCCGGGAAAAAGCAUAUCUCAAAGUGUGCUAUAAAUCACCGACAGGUUGUGAUUGCUUUAACCGGCGGUGAGAUUGUGUACUUUGAAAUGGAUAUCAGCGGACAGUUGAAUGAAUACACCGACAGGAAAGACAUGAAUUGUGAUGUGAUUUGUAUGGGUUUGGGAGAAGUGCCGGCCGGUGAACAGCGCUCCAGGUUUUUGGCCGUCGGUCUCUCGGAUAACACCGUUCGCAUCAUAUCACUCGACCCAUCGGAAUGUCUGUCUCCCCUCUCAAUGCAAGCACUGCCGGCAACUCCGGAGUCUUUAUGUAUCGUUGAAAUGGGAUCGAAGAGCGAAUCUAAAAGCUCAGGACGUCUUUACCUGAAUGUUGGCCUUCAAAAUGGUGUGCAUUUGAGGACAGUUCUCGACGAAGUGACCGGCGAUUUGUCUGACACGAGGACCCGG